AUGAUAAAAGAAACUUUUAUAAGAUUAAAACCGCAUAUAAAUAUAGGAACCAUAGGACACAUAGACCAUGGAAAAACAACCUUAACAUCCGCUAUAACUAGUACCUUAAAACACAAAGGAACAGCUAAAAAAGCAUAUUCUUACGAAGAUAUAGACUCUACAAAAGAAGAAAAAACCAGAGGAAUAACAAUAAACACCACACACGUAGAAUAUGAAAGUGCAAAAAGACACUACGCACAUAUAGACUGUCCCGGACAUGCCGACUAUAUUAAAAACAUGAUAACAGGUACAGCACAAAUGGACGGAGCUAUAUUAGUUGUGUCUGCUGUUGACGGACCUAUGCCUCAAACAGUAGAACACCUACUACUCGCUAAACAAAUAGGAAUAACCAAAUUAAUAGUAUUCCUAAAUAAAGAAGACCAAAUAGAAGACACAGAACUAAUAGAAUUUGUAAAAUUUGAAAUAACAACACUUCUAGAAAAAUACAAAUUCGACCACAUAAAAACACCUAUCCUGUCCGGAUCAGCUUUAAAAGCCUUAGAAGAACUUAAAACCCAAAACACAAAAACAACUAAACCUUGGGUAGAAAAAAUAUUAACACUUAUAAAUACGCUAGACGAAUACAUACCAGAACCAAUAAAAAACACAAAUAAACCAUUUCUAAUGUCGUUAGAAAACAGUUUCUCCAUAACAGGUAGAGGGACGGUAGCUACAGGAAAAAUUGAAAGAGGUGUUAUAAAAGCAGGAGACCAAAUAGAGAUCCUGAGUUCUGGGAAAUCUAAAACAACCUCAGUAAUAGGUGUGGAAAUGUUUAAUAAAACACUACCAACAGGGGAACCUGGAGACAACGUUGGUCUACUUCUAAGAGGCAUCUCUAAAAAAGACCUAAAACGUGGGGAUAUCAUAUCGAAACCAAAAACAUUAAACUUCUACAGCACUUUCAAGGCAAAUGUAUACAUACUAACUAAAGAAGAAGGAGGAAGACAUAAACCUUUUACAACUGGGUAUAAACCUCAAUUUUUUAUAAGAACCCUUAAUAUAACGGGAGAAAUAGUGAAAAUAGAGACAAGUACAAACAACAUGGAACUAGAGUUAGUAAUGCCUGGGGAUAAUAUACACCUAACUAUAAGCCUGGAUAAACUAACAGCACUAGAAACGGAAACAAAAUUCGCCAUGAGAGAGGGGGGUAAAACUAUAGGAGCAGGAAUUAUAACAACUCUUAUUAAAUAA